CCGCCGCAGCCAACAUGGCUGCGCUCCUGAGCCCGGGAGGCGGCUGCCGCUGAGCGCCGCCCGCCGCCGGGCCCGCCGCCGCGCCCCCGCGCAUGGCCCCCGCCGCCCGCGCCCCGGCGCGCUAGGCUGCAGGCGCCGGGAGCCGCAGCCCCGGCGGGCGGGCGGGCGCGCGCCGCCAUGGAGCCGCCGCGCCGGGAGCUGCUCGCCCGCUGCCAGCAGAGCCUGGCCCAGGCCAUGACGGACGUGGAGGCCGUGCUCGGGCUGCUCGAGGCCGCGGGCGCGCUGAGCCCCGGCGAGCGGCGGCGGCUGGACGCGGAGGCGGGCGGCUCCAAGGCGGAGCGGCUGCUGCAGCUGCUGCUGGCCAAGGAGCGCGACCCCCUCCCGGAGCUGCGGGCGGCGCUGGAGAAGACGCAGCCCCACCUGCUGCCCAUUCUCUACCUGAACGGCGUCGUGGGGCCGCCGCAGCCCGCCGAGGGCGCCGGCUCCACAUACAGCGUCUUGUCCAUCAUGCCCUCUGACUCCGAGAGCAGCAGCUCCCUCAGCAGUGUGGGAACCACCGGGAAGGCACCGUCCCCGCCGCCCCUCCUCACGGACCGCCAAGUGAACGAGAAGGUGGAGAACCUCUCCAUUCAGCUGCGGCUGAUGACCCGAGAGCGGAACGAACUGCGGAAGCGCCUGGCCUUCGCCACUCACGGGACCACCUUUGACAAGAGGCCCUACCACAGGCUGAACCCUGACUACGAGAGGCUAAAGAUCCAGUGUGUGCGCGCCAUGUCGGACCUGCAGAGUCUGCAGAACCAGCACACCAAUGCCUUGAAGCGGUGCGAGGAGGUGGCCAAGGAGACCGACUUCUACCACACACUCCACAGCCGGCUCCUGAGCGACCAGACCCAGCUGAAGGACGACGUGGACACGUUGCGGCGGGAGAACGGGCAGCUGCUGCGGGAGCGGAACCUGCUGCAGCAGUCCUGGGAGGACAUGAAGCGGCUGCACGAGGAGGACCAGAAGGAGAUUGGUGACCUCCGGGCCCAGCAGCAGCAGGUGUUGAAGCACAACGGGUCGUCAGAAAUCCUCAGCAAGCUGUACGACACGGCCAUGGACAAGCUGGAGGUGGUCAAAAAGGACUAUGACGCCCUGCGCAAGAGGUACAGCGAGAAGGUGGCCAUCCACAACUCGGACCUGAGCCGCCUGGAGCAGCUGGAGGAGGAGAACCAGCGCCUGCUGAAGCAGACGGACAUGCUGACCCAGCAGAGGGACACGGCCAUCCAGCUGCAGCACCAGUGCGCCCUCUCCCUGCGGAGGUUCGAGGCGAUCCACCAUGAGCUGAACAAGGCCACGGCCCAGAACAAGGACCUGCAGUGGGAGAUGGAGCUGCUGCAGUCGGAGCUGACGGAGAUGAGGAGCACGCAGGCGAAGACCGCCAAGGAGUCGGAGAAGUACAAGGAGGAGCGGGACGCGGUGUACAGCGAGUACAAGCUCAUCAUGAGCGAGCGCGACCAGGUCAUCUCCGAGCUGGACAAGCUGCAGACCGAAGUGGAGCUGGCCGAGUCCAAGCUCAAGAGCAGCACGUCGGAGAAGAAGGCAGCCAGCGAGGAGAUGGAGGCCCUGCGGCAGAUCAAAGACACAGUGGCCAUCGACGCCGGGAGAGCCAACAAGGAGGCAGAGACCCUGCGGAAGCAGUGCAAGGCUCUGUGCCAGGAGCUGAAGGAAGCCCUCCAAGAGGCGGACGUGGCCAAGUGCCGGCGGGACUGGGCCUUCCAGGAGCGGGACAAGAUCGUGGCCGAGCGGGACAGUAUCCGGACGCUCUGCGACAACCUGAGGCGGGAGCGGGACCGGGCUGUGACUGAGCUGGCAGAGGCCCUGCGCAGCCUGGACGACACUCGCAAGCAGAAGAACGACGUCAGCCGGGAGCUCAAGGAGCUCAAGGCUGUGGCCAUGGUUUCCUGUCUUUGCAGGGAGCAGAUGGAAUCCCAGCUGGAAAAGGAGGCCCGAUUCCGGCAGCUGAUGGCCCACAGCUCCCACGACUCGGCCAUCGACACGGAUUCCAUGGAGUGGGAGACAGAAGUUGUGGAGUUUGAAAGGGAGACGGAGGACGUUGACUUGAAGGCACUGGGGUUCGAUAUGGCGGAAGGUGUGAACGAGCCGUGUUUGCCCGGGGACUGCGGCAUAUUUGUCACUAAGGUGGACAAAGGGAGCAUUGCAGACGGCCGCUUACGGGUCAAUGACUGGCUGCUGAGGAUCAACGACGUGGACCUCAUCAACAAGGACAAGAAGCAGGCCCUCAAGGCGCUCCUCCACGGGGAGGGGGCCAUCAACAUGGUCGUGCGGCGGAGGAAGUCCCUGGGCGGCAAGGUGGUCACGCCCCUGCACAUCAGCCUGAGUGGACAGAAAGACAGCGGCAUCAGCCUGGAGAAUGGCGUGUAUGCUGCCGCCGUGGUGCCCGGAAGCCCCGCCGCCAAAGAGGGGUCUCUUGCCGUGGGGGACAGGAUCGUGGCGAUCAAUGGCAUCGCACUGGACAACAAGUCUCUGAAUGAGUGUGAGUCUCUGCUGCGCAGCUGCCAGGACUCCCUGACCCUCUCCCUCCUGAAGGUGUUCCCUCAGAGCACCUCCUGGAGUGGCCAGAACAUCUUCGAAAACAUCAAGGACUCGGAUAAGAUGCUGAGUUUCCGAGCCCACGGCCCGGAGGUCCAGGCUCAGAAUAAGCGGAACCUGAUGCAGCACAACAACUCCACGCAGACGGACAUCUUCUGCACCGACAGGCCGGACGACAGGAAGGAGCCAGGCCCCCCUGGCGGCGGCAGCUCCUUCCUGCACAAGCCGUUCCCGGGGGGGCCCUUCCCAGCCACCCCCCACACGUGUCCCAGCGCCUCCGAUCGCAGCCUGAGCUCCUUCCGCUCAGAUGCCUCCGGGGAGCGCGGCUACGGGCUGGGGGACGUGUGUGCCCGGCGGCCACUGCUGCCCUUCGAGUCGGAAGCUGGCUCCUGCGGGGCCACGGAGGCUCCCCCGGACAAGGCCGAGCCCGAGGGCGCCCACAGCGGCGGGACCUGGCCCAAGGCCGUGCUCAGCUCUGCGGUGGCGCCCGAGAAGCUCUCUGUUUACAAGAAGCCAAAGCAAAGGAAGUCCAUCUUCGACCCCAACACUUUCAAACGCCCCCAGACACCCCCCAAAAUAGACUACCUGCUCCCCGGCCCUGGGCCUGCGCAUUCCCCCCAGCCCUCCAAGAGGAUGGGGCCUCUGACGCCCCCAAAACCUCCCAGGAGGAGUGACUCCAUUAAGUUCCAGCACCGGCUAGAAACCAGCUCCGAAUCCGAGGCCACCCUGGUGGGCAGCUCCCCGUCCACCAGCCCCCCCAGUGCCCUGCCCCGCGACCUGGACCCCGGGGAACCCAUGCACGCCUCGCCCCCUCGCAAGACCAGGGUCCGCAUUGCUUCCAGCUACUACCCCGAGGCAGACGGGGACUCCUCCUACCUGCCCGCCAAGAAGUCCUGUGAUGAGGACCUUACCUCCCAGAAGGUGGACGAGCAAGGGCAGAAGCGUCGCCGGCCAAAGUCUGCGCCCAGCUUCCGGCCGAAGCUCGCGCCCGUGGUGAUCCCCACUCAGUUCCUGGAGGAGCAGAAGUGGGUCUCGGCCAGUGGAGAAGUCUCCCCAGAGCUCCCGGAGUGGUCCCCUUACUCACCAGGGCACUCCAGCCGGCACAGCAACCCCCCCCUCUACCCCGGCAAGGCAUCUGUGGGCACCGUUCCCCGGAGCAUGACCCCGAGCACCACUGUGAGCUCCAUCCUGAGGAACCCCAUCUACACCGUGCGCAGCCACAGGCUUGGCCCGUGCAGCUCUCCGCCCGUCCCCAGAGAGGUCGGCCCCCAGGUUUUGCAUCCCAGUGCCCAGCACCAGGGACGCCUGAGCCUGGACCUGAGCCACAGGGCCUGUGGCGACUACUCGGAGAUGCGAGCCUCCCACGGGUCCAACUCGCUGCCCUCCAGCGCCCGCCUCGGGUCUUCAAGCAACUUGCAGUUCAAGGCCGAGCGCAUUAAAAUCCCAUCCACACCAAGAUACCCCCGGUCCAUUGUGGGCUCCGACAGAGGUUCAUUGUCGCACUCUGAAUGCAGCACCCCCCCGCAGUCACCCCUCAACAUCGACACCCUGUCCUCUUGUAGCCAGUCCCAGACCUCAGCCUCCACGCUGCCUAGAAUCGCAGUCAACCCCGUGGCCCUCGGGGAGCGGAGAAAAGACAGAUGCCAGCAGCACAGAUCCCUCCUGAGACUGCCCGUGGCUGCCCGGCCCAGGUCCUCCUCCCUGAGGAGUCUGAGGCCCUACAUGGAGGAGCCGCGCCACGUCAAGCUGCAGAAGGGCUCGGAGCCCCUGGGCAUCUCCAUCGUGAGUGGAGAGAAGGGUGGGGUCUAUGUCUCCAAGGUGACCGGGGGCAGCAUCGCUCACCAGGCUGGCCUGGAGUAUGGUGACCAGCUACUUGAGUUCAAUGGCAUAAACCUGCGGAGUGCCACGGAGCAGCAGGCUCGGCUCAUCAUCGGGCAGCAGUGCGACACCAUCACCAUCCUGGCCCAGUACAACCCACACAUGCACCAGCUCAGCAGCCACUCCCGGUCCAGCUCCCACCUGGACCCUGCCAGCACCCACUCCACCCUCCAGGGCAGCAGUGCUACAGUCCCGGAGCACCCCUCGGGCAUUGACCCGCUGAUGGAGCAGGACGAGGGCCCUGGCACCCCCCCGACCAAGCAGAGCGCCCCCAGUUCCAGGAUGGCGGGAGAUGCCAACAAGAAGCCCCCAGAGCCACGAGUUGUCUUUGUCAGGAAGUCCCAGCUGGAGCUCGGGGUGCAUCUGUGCGGCGGGAACCUGCACGGGGUGUUCGUGGCCGAGGUGGAGGACGACAGUCCCGCCAAGGGCCCCGACGGCCUGGUGCCGGGCGACCUCAUCCUGGAGUAUGGCAGUCUGGACGUGCGCGGCAAGACAGUGGAGGAGGUCUACGUGGAGAUGCUGAAGCCCAAGGACAGUGUCCGCCUGAGGGUGCAGUACCGCCCAGAGGAGUUCUCCAAGGUCAAGGGCCUGCCUGGCGACAGCUUUUACAUCAGGGCCCUGUACGACCGGCUGGCGGAGGUGGAGCACGAGCUGAGCUUUAAGAAGGACGACAUCCUCUAUGUGGAUGACACAUUGCCCCAGGGCACGUUCGGGUCCUGGAUGGCCUGGCAGCUGGACGAGAACGCCCAGAAGAUCCAGCGCGGGCAGAUCCCCAGCAAAUACGUGAUGGACCAAGAAUUCUCCAGGAGGCUCAGCAUGUCCGAGGUCAAAGAUGACAGCAACGCCUCCAAGACACUGUCCGCGGCCGCGCGCAGGUCCUUCUUCCGAAGAAAACAUAAGCACAAGCGCAGCGGGUCCAAAGAUGGGAAAGACCUCCUCGCCUUGGACACCUUUUCCAACGACUCCAUUCCCCUCUUCGAAGAUUCGGUGAGCCUUGCCUAUCAGCGGGUCCAGAAAGUAGACUGUACCUCCCUGAGGCCUGUCCUCAUUCUGGGGCCGUUACUAGACGUGGUGAAGGAAAUGUUGGUGAACAGGGAGCCCAACAAGUUCUGCAGAUGCCCCUUGGAGGUGAUGAAGGCCUCCCAGCAGGCCAUCGAGCGAGGCGUCAAAGAUUGCCUGUUUGUCGACUACAAGCGCCGGAGUGGCCAUUUUGACGUGACCACGGUGGCUUCCAUAAAGGAGAUCACAGAAAAGAACUGGCACUGUCUGCUAGACGUCGCCCCCCACGCCAUCGAGCGGCUGCACCACAUGCACAUCUACCCCAUCGUCAUCUUCAUCCACUACAAGAGCGCCAAGCACAUCAAGGAGCAGAGAGACCCCGUGUACCUGAAGGACAAGGUGACGCAGAGGCAUUCCAAAGAGCAGUUUGAGACGGCUCAGAAGAUUGAGCAGGAGUACAGCAGGUACUUCACAGGGGUGGUCCAGGGAGGAGCCCUGUCGAGCAUUUGCGAUCAGAUCAUGGCCUUGGUCAGCCAAGAGCAGAGCAAAGUCCUGUGGAUUCCAGCCUGCCCGCCGUAGGCCGCUGCGCUGGGAACAGAGGCGGCUUGUCACCAGCGUCCGGCCUGGCUCAGCUUCUCUGAAAGCCCAUUGGAACAUGAGCACCGGGGGAGGGCCCACGGCGGGGCCCCCGCUGCUCCCCUUUGAGACAGGGGGCCGCAGGCGCGUGGCCCCGGGCCCAGCCCAGCGGACCGUCUUCCUCACACGUGUGCUUUAAGACAAAACAAUAACCACCCAGGACUCUGCUAGAGGUUCCACACCAGCCUUCCGAGGCCCGCGAUCCGAGAUGCUGCAGAGAACCUUUCAUACCACAAGUUUACAAGCCUUUCUAAGUAUUUGGUUGUUUCUGUUUACUUGAACGGCCCAUGUUGUUGGUGCCCAGCCCCUGCCCCUGUCCAUCCCGUGUUGCUUUCGUGUUUUGGUUUUGUUCCUGUUUUCAGCGAAAUGACUCUGGAACCUCGAUGGGCUGCUCGGCCCUAGAAGGUUCGUGGUGGGACCAGAGCUCUGAAAAACCUACUCCUCGGCGGCAUCUCUCCCGGAAGGACAUCGCCGUGGCAGUUGCUUGGACGUUGGUGGUGGCAGAACCAGUGCCUUUGUGGAGCCGACUCGCCAGCAGCAGUGGUUUCCCUGCCCGCAGCAGGGCAGGUGACACUGGCAUCUCACAACUCGUCUCAGACUUUCCCUCCUGCCUAAGCGCCCUCUCAUCUCUCCUUCCCGCCUCUCUCUGUCCUCCGGAGCCUCUCGGCUCACGCUGACGACUGGUUCUGGCAGGAGGCCAAGCCGAUGCAUGCCGUUGGUCCUCUGUGGGCUCUGUAAAUAGAGACAGCCUUUCUCAGUGCAAUGUUUGCAGGGUACUUCUCAAACCGUAGAGGGAGCAGACUCGCCAGCUCCUUUGGACAUGGAAAGUGUCUCAAACUUUGAGUUGAGAGUCUUCGGGGAAGCCUAGUGAUUAGUAUUGUCACCGUCAAAAUCUGAAAAGUGGGCGGGACCUGUUAGUCUUGGCUGCAGCGCUCCCGGCAUGCCCAGUGCUCCUUGAGGAUGUCUUUGUUGGGACUUCUGUUUUUUC